AAUAACAAAUCUGAAUUAGCAAAUAUAAGAAUUUUUUAGUUGUCCUAAAAAAUAACUAACUAAAAUCAGCAAAUCAACUAAUUUUUUCGCCAAAAAGCUGAUUUCGGUCUUUGCGUGUUGAAUAUUGGACAUAUGAUUCUGGGUCAGUGAUAUAAACAUAAACAGAAUACGGUAAAUUCUCGAAGUCGAAGUCUUUAAAUUCAUUUAUUAGAAACUCAAAUGACUAGCUAUGCACUAGAUUUUUGGUUUUAUUCCAGGUUUCAAUAACAUCCAAAAUCAAAAAAUUAAAGUGUUUCUUGUUUCAAAAUAGUUCCUGGUAGUACUAUAGCAAAAUCCAAUGAAGCUUUGAAACGAAUUGUCAUCUUUUCUUUCUUUCAAAACAGGUGAAAUAUGGCCCAAACCAAAAACUCAAACAACUUCCGAUCGGUAUUAUGUUAUCAAACGACCAACAUUCCAUUUCCAGACUGUGAAUCUAACCUGCAACAUCCUGGAAAAAGCCAUUGAACGUUAUCAAUCGUUGAUCUUGGAGAUAGGAAGCGAUGCUCGUCGAACAAUUCUCAGUACAUCCACAAUUGGUAGAAAAUCUUCGAAGAAAUCAUUCCGAUCCGAUAGAGAUUUCACUGGAUAUCUGGAUGAAAUGAAAAUUGAUUUGAAAGCACCGUGUGAAUCCUUGCCACAUCUCGGAAUGGACGAAUCAUAUGAAAUUUAUAUUAACGAUGACCAAGCCAGUAUUGAAUCGCAUUCCAUCUGGGGUAUCCUACGGGGACUCGAGUCUUUCUCACAGAUGGUUGUCCUAUCGGAUGAUGGAAGUGCGCUUCGCAUCAACGCUACAACCAUCUUCGAUCGGCCGCGUUUUUCGCACCGAGGUCUUCUAGUCGACACAUCGCGUCAUUUUAUUGCGGUCUGCACUCUCAUAAAAAUUUUGGAUGGUAUGGCCUACAACAAGUUAAAUGUAUUCCACUGGCAUAUCGUCGACGAUCACAGUUUUCCUUAUCAAAGCAAAGUGUAUCCGGAACUGAGUGCACAAGGAGCGUAUCACCCAUCGUUGGUUUACACACCGGAGGACGUACAGAAGGUGAUCGAAGAAGCACGGUUGCGUGGGAUUCGUGUCAUGACGGAAUUUGACACCCCCGGACAUACCCGUUCAUGGGGAGUUGCUCAUCCGGAACUUCUGACCAAAUGUCACGAGCAGUACGAGGGAAGGCUAGGGCCAAUGGAUCCUACAAAGGAAUCAACUUACACGUUUCUAUUCAACCUCUUCCAAGAAGUGGUUAAGGUAUUUCCUGAUCAGUAUAUUCAUCUGGGAGGUGAUGAAGUCGGAUUUGAAUGCUGGGCUAGCAAUUCAGAUAUCAUGGAGUACAUGAAGCAAAAUAGACUGUAUUCGUUUGAAAUGUUGGAGGAGAAAUUCAUUCAACGAGUCGUCGAUCAGAUCGACGCUUUGAACAGAAGCUCGCUGGUAUGGCAAGAAGUAUAUGUCAACGGUGUACGGCUUCCCGAUGGAACCGUGGUACACGUAUGGACUGGUAAUAGACAGGAUCUUCUCCAUCGGAUAACUCUCGAAGGGCUACCAGCACUAUUGUCAUCUUGCUGGUAUUUGGAUCAUUUGUCCACUGGCGGAGACUGGCGUAAGUUCUACAACUGCGACCCACAUGACUUCGUGGGAAAUCAACACCAAAAGGAUCUUGUGCUCGGGGGGGAAGCUUGCAUGUGGGCUGAAGUUGUAAACGAUCAUAACAUCUUGCAGCGUAUAUUCCCUCGAGUAUCGGCAACUGCUGAGAAAUUGUGGUCUCAGGAAAAUGUUAAUGAUGCCGAUGAAGCUGCUCCUCGACUUGAAGAACAGGCCUGUCGUUUGAAUCAACGAAACAUCCCUGCCCAGCCGCCGAAUGGACCCGGAGUUUGUUUGUAAUGUAACUAAAGGUUGUAAAUUUGCUUACAAUAGUAUACGAAUAAAACGAAUGAAUUCACUCAAA